CUGAGUUUGCGGCAGUCGCCCGUCAAGCCGGUGCCGAGCGCGAAAAACACAUCUGUGCGCGCUUCGCGUUACAAAAAUUCGCUUUUAACGUUCAAAAAUUUAUCGCAUUUUGAGUUUCGAACGUCGGAAAAAACCCUUUAGUUUUUGUGUGCUGAUCUGUGCUGGGAGUUAUCCAGCAGCACAUGCCUGAGGGCGGCAGGGCAGACGCUUGAACCAGUCCACGAGCCGACCGGCUGCACCCAGAUGAUCGGAUCAUUCUGGAAUUUGUGUCGUGCGUGCCCAUCCAUGCCUGUGGAUAAGCUGCACUCGGAGUACCGCAGCACGUACAGAUGGCACGAGUACAAAGAACAACAGAACCAGCAGCAGGGGGUGGUCAAGCAGCCAGCCCCUACGCCGCCCUCCGCACUGCCCAUCGCUAGAGGAGCAAUCGAGCCAGCAAUGCCUCGUCGCAAGAAAUACCCCGGCGUUGCCUACAAGACCAACGAGUUAUUCGACCCAGCACCCUCUGAUGACAUCAGGCCACAGACCCUGGACCGUGCCCGGAGUGCUCAGAGGAAUGAGACAGACCGAGCCGGGCGUCGCAGUAAGUCUGAAGGACCUCGCCAGCCAAGAUGGACUGACACUGUGGAGCCUAAGGCGACCACAGCCCUGGGUGAGGUGCUAGCAGCGAAGGAACCGGAGACGGUGAGCACAGAGUACCGAAACCAGUUCGCGUGGCCCAAAGACACCACAGAUGCGCCCAGGAAAAGCAUCUCCAUGGGAGCCCUGAAGAAAGCUGCGGCUGCUGAAGGGUCGGUAGAGGCGGAACCUCUGAUGAACCACGUUGAUGGAGAAGAGGAUCACAAGAGAUACAUAGAAGAUUAUCUGUGGAACGGACAGAAGCCGGGCGUGCAGAGGUACGUACAAACACACAUAGCGGGCGGGGCGGGCGAGGACACCGCCAGCACGCUGCGCGCCGCCGGCCUGCAGCCGCUCGGCCUCGCGCAGGGCGACUCGUGGUACCGCGAGGUGCUCGACCUGCGCAAGCGCGCCGGCGAAUACAAGUACCGCGGCUGGGGAACAGAGCUGGCUCCGGACCACAUCACUCAGCUUUACAAUAAGCAAAUCGAGCUCUGGUACCAAGUGUCGCGCCGAUCCUCGCUGUCGGCUCUGUCACUCGCUUCCACCAAUCACAAGGCGCUGCCUCGUGACGAAAAAGAUGGGAAGGAGUCGAAGAGUCAUUCCCCGAAGAAGUUCAGGUCGUUCCGCUCGGCGCCGCACCAGUCCAUCCACGCCAAGCUGCAAGAGACCAAGGCCCUGGAGCGGUCUCCACACAAGACCUCGCCUCAGAAGCAGAGGAAGAAGCUGCAAGGCCACAGCUUCGAUGAGGGAGCUGCUCAAGAAGGCGCGAAAACUGAAGGCGCAUUCCGCUCGCCUCGGCGGCGGCCGCGCUCUGCCGACCCCGCACCCGCGCCCGCGCGCCACCCGCCCAACGGCCACGAGCCGCACCCGCGACCAGCCAAGCCCACGGGUUUGCCGUUAAGUAGGGGCAGUAGUAAUAGGGUUAGGUCCUCAUCAAGGGGGGGGAGGUCACCGUCCGCGCCUCCAAAAACUGGGCCAGGGGCAAAUGGGGCAGUUGAAGUGAAUGGCACGAUAGAGCGGGGCAAACGCAGCCGCAGCACGUCCAAAGUGGGCAUAAAAAUUGACGACGAGAUACCGUCGCACCGCAGCGCGUCCGUCGCGAAGGACCACUUCUUCGACGACUCGCCCGUGGUGAAGUCGCCGCCCGAGCCGACGCGCGUCAAGUCGCCCGAGCAAAUGAACAUGCGCUCGCCGGACCCCGUCAACUGGACCGUGCCGCUCGACACCGGCAAGACGUUCACCGUCACGCAGAACGUCAAAAGCGAUGAGAGCGUUAAGCGCCCUAGCUCAGAGUUUAAGGGUGGGUCGGUGGCCGAAGACGGCGCAGCGAAGCCGGCAGAAAUCGCCCCAAUCCAUCACCAGCAAAUGUCGCCAAUACGUUCGCUGAAAAAAAGUGAAUCGCCGACAAGUCUGAGCAAACGCGUCGACAAAACACCGACAACGCCCACUAGUCUCACUCCCAUUGAUGAGACCAAAGCUCUCGAUUUGAACAAAGUGAACGGCAUUAAUGGAGUGAACAGCAACCAGCUAACUCCCGAAACUCCAGUGAAGGAAACGAUUAAGGAAAAGGAAGUGAUUAAGAAGUCGACCGAGGCCACCCAAGUCGCGCCCGGAGUCGUCGACACAACACUAGUGAACGACAACGCUGGCUCCGGAGGCCUGACAGCCGCCGAAGUGCUCGACAGAGCCCGGUCUAGAUUUGACAAGUUCUGGGGCAAAAAGGAAGAUGACGUUUAAUCUGACAGUUCAGCCAUUUUCGUUCAUUAUGACAUUCGCUUGGGAAAUGUCAAUUUUCGAAUAAACAUUCUGUUUCUUUCGCGGUAACUCGAUUCGAAGAAUGGUGAAUGAGACAGCAUGUAUGUUCGAUAGGGUGAGGUCACACAACAUCGCAUUUAAUACAAUAAUGGGCUAAUUAUCCUAUGGUUAUAAAAUCGCGAUUUGCAAAUAAACGUAGGAUUUAUGUAUUUGAUAGCUUCGCUUCGGUAACGACGAUUAAUAAUAUAUUUAUUAUUUAUUGUAUAAUAACGAUCACUGUCUAUAAAAUAGGAGUGUGGUGGCUUGUGAUAGUAGAUAUGAUCUGGUCGAAGUAGAAUUAUAGUGUGAUUUAUGAAAUUAUCGCAUGUAUUGAGUAUUGACUCUAAGCAGGACAACAAUACGGUUGGACCCCUAUAGCAUUUAAUAAUAAAUAUUAAUAUAAUAACAAUAAGUUCCCAUUUCAAUUGUUUUCAUCUUUAAUUGUUAUUUUGUACCUACAUAAUUAAGUACUUUAUUUAAAUGUUAAACGUAAUAAAAAUUACUACUACUACGGAAAUAAGUGUCGAAAAUUUAAAAGGGAUUAAGGUGUCACAUGGUUUUUACUUUUGUCAAAAUUGCUUUCCUACUGCUUCACUACUGGCAACAAAUAAACAAUGUUACAUUUUACUUUUUUAUAACAACCUUUCCGUCCAUAGGAAAUUUUUUGUUGUUUUUUUUUUUUUUAUUAAAGUAA